AUGCCAGGGCUCGCUGCAGCCAUGAGGCGUUCCAAGGUUUUCUUCGCCCUGCUCGCGCUCUCGCUGCUCGUAUCCCUCGCGCUGGCGCCGCAGUGCCGCGCGAAUGAGAUCGCCGCGGACAAUGACGACGCCGACGAUGACUUGGACGCCGCCAUUUCCGCAGACGCGUCGCCUCCUGGUCUCGUGGAUGCGUUAUACCGAGUGAGCCGGCGGUUCCUGUAUUCGCCGCGCAUGCUGUCGUGCCGGUCUGACUGCGAGGACAAGAACAAGAAGUGCAACACUGAUUACAGCGAGUGCAAGCGCGAGAACAAGGACGACAAGCAUGACCACCACAAGUGCACGCACACUUACAAGAAGUGCAAGAAGAAGAUCAAGAAGUGCCGCCGCAAGUGCGACUAA